UUACACCGAAGUGAAAAAAUCAGGAGAAAAUUAAAAAUGGGCAAUGAAGCACUAAUUAGUAAUAUCCUUAAUAAAAUUUUAAAAGUUGAAGCAAUCGAGGAAGCAUUUAGUUGCAUUAUAGUACAUAAUGCAACUAAUGAGAAAGAAAAAAUUAUUGGAUGGCAAACUGAAUUAGCUACUGCAAUGAUUGGUUUAACGAUAGAACAACAAGAAACUACUAUUCGUAGAUUUUUAUAUGUUGCUGCAGAAAUUACAAAUUAUAGGCGAAUGCAUCUGAUUCUCUCACUAUUGGAAAAUUUAGUUUCUAGCAAUAUUUUACCCUCGAGAUUGGUAUGUGAAUGUAUUCUUAAUUGUGAAAAGCUACAGUAUCAAAAUAAAGAAUUUUGGGUAGACUGUUUUACUUUAAUUCGUCAGAUUGUUGGUGGAGUAGAUUACAAAGGAGUUAGAGAAAUUAUGAAGGCCUGCAAAGAGAAGGCUCAUACAUUACCAUUAAUGCUAGAUGCGUCGGUACAGUCACAAAUGAAAGCUUUAGAAUCUCUUGUUGAAUAUAUUUUUGAUAGAAAUGCAUGUUUGUUACCAAGCUACUUAAUAAUUAACGAGCUUCAAAAAUUUUCCGAAAACAAAAAUUGGCCUCAUUGGAAGUUAGCGAAAUUAAUAUCUAAUUUUAUAGAUAGUUUUCGUAAUGUUGUGCAAAUGAUUUCAAUUAUUGGACAUUCUAAAAUGUUACCAGUUGUAGAGCAUACAGGGUAUGGUGAUCAUUUAGUUAGUCCAUGGCUUCUCGAUCGUAAUACAUUGCAAUUUUCUUUAAAAGGAAAUCUUCCUUACGAUCCAGAUUUAUUGAAACCUCAAACAAACCUCUUGAGAUAUGUUUUGGAACAACCUUAUAGUAGAGACAUGGUUUGCUCUAUGUUAAGAUUACAAAAGCAGCAAAAUUGUAGAUGUAUAGCUUUAGAAGAGCAAUUGGUUGAUCUUAUGAUUCGAAAUAUGGAAAAAUCUGAGAGUGAACCAAUAUCUCCAGAAGGUUCGGAUGGUGUAAUAACAAAUUAUUGGCCAUGGUUACACCUCUCAUCCCAAUUAAUACACUAUGUUCUUUUUCAAUUUGUUAGUUUUCCAAGUUUUGUAAUGGCAAUUCACGACAGAUUAACUGGCAGGGAAUGGAAAAGAGCACGGGACCAUUUAAUGUGGGUGCUUUUACAGUUUAUUUCUGGAACUAUACAACGAAAUCCCUUAUCAACCUUUUUACCUAUUUUCAAACUUUAUGAUCUUCUUUAUCCAGAAAAAGAUCCUCUACCUUUACCCGAUCUCACACAUUCAAAAUGUACUCAUGAGAUGGCUCUCAUUUGUAUUUGGUUGCAUCUUCUAAAAAAAGCACAAUCGGAACACUCAAAUUGUCAUAGGCCAAUACCUCAUAAUUUAAAAACCCACUAUGAAUACCUUCAACACGCAGUAACACAAAGCAAUUUCACAAUGGGAUCGGACUAUAGAAUUGUAUUGCUUUGUAAUGCAUAUUCUACAAACAGCGUAAAUGACUAUUUCUCCCGAUCAAUGGCAGUUCUUUUUGAUUCAAUUCAAAAGAGUCAUCAACAGCAGCAACUUCAAAAUUUGCAAACCAAUACAGCAAUGAUUAAUAAUCCAACAACACCUUUAUCAAUGUCAAUACUUGAUUCUCUAACAGUUCAUGCAAAAAUGAAUCUCAUACACAGUAUUGUCCAGCACAUGAUGAAAUCUGCUCAUUCAAAGAGUAAUAUGUCACUUCCACCAGCUCUCGUUGAAACAUACAGUAGAUUAUUAGUUUAUACAGAAAUUGAAAUCCUGGGUAUUAAAGGCUUUAUAAAUCAACUAUUACCAACUAUUUUCAAAGCUCAUGCAUGGGGUACGUUAUACACUCUUUUAGAUAUGUUCAGUUAUAGAAUGCACCAUAUUCAACCUCAUUAUAGAGUACAAAUUUUAAGUCAUCUUCAUAAUUUAGCAACCGUGCCCCAAACCAAUCAAACGCAGCUACAUCUUUGUGUGGAAAGUACUGCUUUACGUCUAAUCACAGGUCUUGGCUCUGCAGAAGUUCAGCCACAUCUUUCGAGGUUCUUGUCAGAGCCGAAAACUCUUGUUUCCGCUGACUCGGAAGAACUUAACAGAGCAUUGGUGCUUACACUCGCCAGAUCUAUGCACAUUACAGGUACCGGAGCAGACAUGGUGAGUGGUACAUGGUGUAAUGACUUACUCAAUACAAUUAUGCAGAAUACGCCACAUUCGUGGGCUGAUCAUACGCUUCAGUGCUUUCCACCAAUUUUAAGUGAAUUUUUUCAUCAAAAUAGUAUUCCAAAAGAGGAAAAGCAACAAAUAAAGAAAGCCGUGGAAGAAGAAUAUAGAAAUUGGGCUUCCAUGAGCAACGAAAACGAUAUAAUUGCCCAUUUUUCGGUUUCUGGUACACCUCCACUAUUUCUUUGCUUACUUUGGAAAAUGAUUCUUGAAACUGAUCGUAUUAGUCCUAUAGCAUAUAAAAUAUUAGAAAGAAUUGGAGCUAGAGCUUUGUCAGCUCAUCUUAGAAAAUUUUGUGAUUACAUUGUUUUUGAAGUCUCGAGUAUUGCCUGUGAUGGAUCAUAUGUUAAUAAAAGCGUGGAUGCCAUUAAUGACAUGAUAUGGAAAUACAAUAUUGUUACAUUUGAUAGAUUAAUUUUAUGCUUAGCAUUAAGAACAUUAGAGGGUAAUGAGGCUCAGGUUUGUUUCUUCAUUAUCCAGUUGUUACUUUUAAAAGCUGCGGAAUUCCGUAACAGAGUACAAGAAUUUGUAAAGGAGAAUUCUCCAGAUCAUUGGAAGCAAUCCAAUUGGCACGAGAAACAUUUAGCUUUUCAUCGAAAAUUCCCGGAAAAAUUUGCUCCAGAAGGAAUAAUGGAACAAUCUUCUGGCAGUCCAAAUCAGUAUCAAAGCUUUCCGGCUUAUUUUGGAAAUGUAUGCCUACGAUUUUUACCAGUUUUUGACAUUGUCUUGCAUCGCUAUUUAGAAAUACCUCAAGUAACAAAAAGUUUAGAAGUCCUUCUAGAGCACUUAGGAUGUUUAUACAGAUUUCACGAUCGACCUGUUACAUAUUUGUAUAAUACUCUCCAUUAUUACGAACGUAAAUUAAGGGAUAAACCAAUAUUGAAACGUCGCCUUGUUACCGCAAUCUUAGGAUCGUUAAGAGAAACUAAAACUCCUGGUUGGGCUUUAUCCGAAGCUUAUCAAAGAUAUAUAGCUCGAUCAACCGAUGAUUUACAAUGGCAACCUGAACUGGAUUACUACGUUCGUCUUGUUCAAAGAUUAGUCGAGACAAUAUCUGGAAAGGCACAAUUUCCACCCACUGAUUGGAGAUUCAAUGAAUUUCCAAAUCUUGCAGCACAUACAUUGUACGUUACAUGCGUUGAGCUAAUGGCGCUUCCUGUAACUCCCAGUAUAAUUGCCAAUAAUUUACUUGACGUUGUAGCUAAGGGAUAUACUGUAAUUCCAUCGGAUGAAAUUCAUGCUUGGAUAAACUGUAUUGGAAUAAUAAUGGCAGCAUUACCAGAAUGUUACUGGUCCACUUUGCACGUGCGUUUAAUGCAAACAGUAACCAGUCUUGGUUUAACAAACUGGCAAUAUGAUAAUUUGUCACCAUUCCAAUUAUUCAACUUUAGCUUGACGCAUAAUAGUUUCUUUGAAAAUAAAUACAGUUAUAUGUUAGCCUUAGCUCAUUCAAUUUGGCAUCAUGCUGGAGUGGGACAAAUUGCAACUAUGGUUCAAUUUGUGAAAGAAAAGUUGCAGCCCAUUAUUAAUAAUGAAGAGCAAUUAAUUUUUGCUUGUCAUUUAAUUGGUCCGACUUUGAAUCGAUUUAAUAUUGAAAGGCCUAAAUGCGUUUCCGAUCUUACAGUUAUCCUAUAUGAAAUGCUGGAACAAGUUAAUCAUGCACAAAGUCAUCUCAAGCAGAUGGAUCCCGUUUGUGAUUUAUUAUAUCAUAUAAAAUAUAUGUUUGUUGGUAAUUCAAUGAAAAAUGAAGUUGACUGUAUCAUUCGAAGAUUACGACCAGCUUUACAAAUGAGACUUAGAUUUAUUGCGCAUUUAAAUAUUGAAGAAAUUCAACCUUCCUGAAGAAUGGCCUCCACCAAUAUUGGUGCAAAUACUUCAAUAUUGACAAAAGUACAAAUUUAAAUUAGUACUUUGUUUUACAACGAUUAAUCUUGUAUAAAGAAAAAUUAAAUUGAAUGUUAGUGAAAGGAAAAUUAAAAAAAAAAAAAAAUCU